AUGACAUUAGAAGGCAUAAAGUAAUUCUUUAUUCAAAUUGAUGAAGAAGAAUGGAAAUUUGAAACUUUAUGCGAUAUUUAUAACGCAUUUAAUGUUACUUAAUCAGUUAUAUUCUGUUCCACAAAAUACAAGUGUUAUAAAUAUAUGAUAGAAAAUCGAUUUUCUGUAAUUUAGAUGCAUUAAAAUAUCAGCAAAUAAGAAAGAGGUAAAAUUAUGGCUGACUUUAGAUUUGGAAAUUAUAGAGUCUUAAUUACUAGUGAUAUUUUUGGGAGUAGUAUUUUUUUAUUAUCAUUAUAAGGUUUUGAUAUUGAAUUAAUUUCUUUGAUUAUCAAUUAUUAUAUCACAAAAUUAAAGGAUUAUAUAUUCACAGAAUUUGGAAGAACUAACAAAUUUGGAAGAAAGAGCAUUGCCAUUUUUUUUUAUUUUAAGAAGAUUAAAAAAUUUAUAUGA